UUGAGGCUGGGACUGGCGCGACGGUGGCACGCGGUGAGGAACCUGCAGUCGCUGUCCUUGGAAGACCUGCCGCAGACUCCGGUCACGACGAGCCCGCAUGCCUAACCCUGGACGGGCUCAGGUCAGUCACAAAUUCACGUCUAGUUUCCUCGGUGAGUUCGGCUUCGGCCCUGUCUACUGGGGCUUCAUCUAUGAUGGCGGCCUCCGAACCGGCCUUGCCCCACAUCAUCUCGCCGUCAAGUACCUCGACCUCUAUAGCGACGACAUCCAAGGGCCACAAGUGGCUGCAGGCCAAUGUGGUGUAUCUAGGGAUGCUGAGACCCCGCACUUGCCGCAAUGGUGGCCAUUCUCUUCGAAAGGUGAGCUCCUUCGUGUGAGUAGGGAAGUCCUGCUCCUGAUUUUGGUUUGCGGCAAGAACGACGAACUUCCGAGUACGGCGACAGGUUCUGUACUCCAUUCUUCAGGAUUUGUUUUUCCCUUCAGUAUUUCCUUCUUAUGCCAUCAAGGAUUAAAAAGGUCAAAUUAAACGUCCAGAACCGAUCGAAAUCAGCACUAUCGUGCCUUCGGUUCCAGCCGUAAAGGGAUCCUACCGCAGAGCUUCCUGUCUCCGGUGCUCCUUCGUACGUCCUACACCCGUUUCUCAUCUCCCCCACUUAGAUUUUCAUUAUGUCUUUUAAUAAACAUCAAUGCUGACAACAACAGCUAUUAACAAGUUACGCACCUUUUCCCAUUGUCUCCCUCCCACCUUGAUCGGAAACAGUUCUCCACCACCAUUAAAUCCCUCUGCAGAAACUGCUCUACAAAUUUACAGUUUUAGCUUCAGGUUCAUUCAUCUCUUUAAAUUGAGCCACGAGAAGGAGGAACCGCCAAAGUUGGGGACGCAUGUAUAUCACCCAUGUCCACUAAUUCGUAGUUAGAAACAUGUACAUAGUGCAAUCAUCCGAUUCGCCCGCCUGCUGGAGUCGUUGUCUCUUCCACCGACAUGUACUCUCGAAUAGCUAUCUGCUCCCAGUUUUCAUCAUCCCAUGCUUCCUCUUAUCCCUGAGGUUAUGGCUUUGAUUUUAUCAGGUUAUGCUCUAACUCGAAAGGUGCUCGAGGUUUUGUCAGCAAGGUCCACCACUGCUUCAUUGUUUCUCAGGUAUCUUUCUAUUCACACUCAUCUCAUAAUUUUCUGAUUCACACUGAAUGAGCACAUGCAUCUUUUAGUCUUCUAUUAUGUUAAUUUUGCUGUUCGCAUGAAACUCCUAUCUAUGAAUUUAAGUAGUUACACUGGAUAAGCAUGCAACUUCUGCUUGGAGUAGAUAUCAUAAUAAUUUGCUCCCCUGGAUUUCUCCAUGCAAUGUAUUUCUUCAAAAAUAUUAGCUAUAAACUAAAUUGACAAUUUCUACUUCCUUUAAUGCAAUUUUUGUUUGUAUGAUUUGCAAAGAAGGAUAGAGGUGAAAAUUCUUCUGAGCCAUCCUAUUAAUCCUUCAGCCGCAUGUUUCGUUUCUCACUAGGCUGACUGUACAAGUUUAACCACUUCAAUAAUGUUGUUUAACCACACAUGAAAGAAUCUCAUGAACUACUCUGCCUUAUUCUAGAAUUAGGUGCGAGGUUGCUUAAAUCAUUAAUUAGUGAUCAAUAGGUUGAUCAACUUCGAUUGUAGUCAAGAAGAAUACUCUCAAUUCAAGAUGGUCCAAUGCAUGAAUUUGCAUGAAUAAAAACAUUUCUUAUGGAUAA